AUGCAACGGCAACAUAGGCUAGGCAGCGCCGGUCGUAUCUCCGAAGUCCAUCGCCGGGGACGCAGUGUCGCUAAUGGCCUGUUGGUCAUGCGCGUAAUUCCUAACGGUCUUGACCGCAGUCGCUUUUGCUUCGUAACCGGCAAACGCAUCGGCAAGGCGGUGGUGCGAAAUCGCGUCAAGCGUCGCUUGCGAGAGGUCAUACGCAACUCGACGGCCGCGCCGGGUUGGGAUACCAUCCUCAUCGCCCGAAAAGGGGCCGGCGACGCCGAUUUCGACCAGAUCGAACACGCUGUACAUAACCUGAUUCGCCGGACCAAGUUGAACGCUCCGCCUGUGUUGGACGGGGCCCCGGAUGGCCGGCGGGACUCGACGCAAUGA